CAUCACAUACGUCAUCCAUACUGAGCAAUGAUAAACAUUAUUCCAGAAAACUCUCCCGUAGUGGCCUUAGUCUCUGUUUACAAAUACGGCUGUUUGUUUCUCCACUCCUACCCACCAAGGUUCUGAAUCUGAGAAUCAAAAGAGCACAGAAGCAUAAGGAUCCUCGCCCAAGCGACACGUUGCAUUGCUUUACCUAAGUGCCAUAUUUCACUGGCUGAAAGAGGGAAAAAUUUUCCCAGUAUUAAUGGCGCUGAGAACCAUGGUGCUACCGUGGGUUCGAGUAGCGAGUCAAUGGACCAGUCUGAAGAACUGGAGGUACACCUGUCGACGAGUGCCGGGUAACAUUCUUACACCUACAUUCCUGAACAUAAGGACGAUGAACUCACAAAUUGGGGACAACAUGAUCUUCAGACAACUGUUUGACCGUGAGAGCUGCACGUACACAUACCUUCUGGCUGAUGCCAACACAAAGGAUGCUGUCCUUAUUGACCCUGUCAUUGAGCUGGCUGAGAGAGAUGCACACUUAGUCAGUGACUUAGGAUUAAACCUGAAAUAUGUCAUGAACACUCAUGUCCAUGCUGAUCACAUCACUGGUACAGGCCUGCUAAAGAAACUUGUACCUGGCUGUCAGUCCCUCAUAGCUAAGGUUUCAGGUGCUAUAGCAGAUGUUCAUGUUGAACAUGGGGAAACAGUUUCUUUUGGUGAUCAUGAAAUAGAGGUUCGAAAUACACCAGGUCACACAAAUGGUUGUGUAACUUAUGUGAGUCAUGAUAAGAAAUUUGCGUUCACUGGUGAUGCCUUGCUGAUACGUGGGUGUGGAAGGACAGACUUCCAGGAAGGAUCUUCAGACACCCUGUAUGAGUCUGUGCACUCUCAGAUCUUAAGUCUCCCUGAUGACUAUUUACUCUAUCCAGCUCAUGAUUAUAAAGGUCAGACUGUAACAACUGUAGCUGAAGAGAAAGAAUUUAAUCCAAGGCUGACUAAACCCAAAGAAGAAUUUAUUGAGAUCAUGAACAAGUUAGGUUUGCCGUACCCCAAGAAAAUUGAUGUGUCCCUGCCAGCUAAUAAGGUGUGUGGACUUUAUAAUUUACCCGAUGACCUCGCUGCAAAGUUGCAAGAUGAAUAAUUACAAUGAUGAGAAUAACCUCAUAGUUGGACAUCAACAUUUAUGCAUUGCAUUCAGUUUGUGAAAUGACCACUGUUUAAAAAAAUUACCAUGAAAAUAAUUGCAAAACCAGUUACAUGUACUUGUACUGUACUGUACUGGUGUACAGUACAGUACAGCAUAUUAGCUAACACAAAACAACUAAAUCCAUCCUGACAUAAUCAGAAUUACUCCAGGAUUGUUUGCAGUUCUUUUUUUUUUUUUGGUAUUUUACAAACAUUGGUCAUCAGGUACUCAUCAGAUGGAAAUCUUUAUAAUAGAUACCCAGUAAUAAAUAACAUAGCACUAUUUGUAACACAUAUAAUAUACUUAGCACACUCACAACAACUUGGCACUAAUAAAACCCUUUGUAUGGAGCUUCCAAUUUUCAGAGGUGAACAAAUACAGGUAAGCUAUACAGUACAGUAUACAGUACUGUAAGUGUGGUGGGAAAAAUAAUACUGUACUCUUAAAUGAGCAUGUGAUAAAGUUUGCUUCUACAAUCAAUUGGAGAUUAUAUUUUUAUUUCUUUGGAUCUAAUUUUAUAAGGGACAUGAUAUAAUAAACUUGUUAAAUUGCA